AUGAGCGUCGUACCGUCAGCAACUUCGGGGACCAUGAACAGACUGCCUGGUUCCGGAGGGACAGGCGCUAUGGGCCGCACUAUCGUGGAGACCAUUGUCCGUGACGGAAUUCACAACGUAGUGAUUCUCGCCAGAACAGCCAACCCCGAGAAUGAAGCUGAAAUUGGAGCCCGUAUCAUCUCCGUCGACUACUCGGAUAUCAACCAGCUCCGUAGUACACUGGAGACCUUUUCAAUCAGCACCGUUAUCUCAACGCUCACUUCGUCUCUUGCUCUCGAGGGUUCCUCGCUCGAAUGGAUCUGCUUCCUCAAUGGGUUUCUCUCCGACUACUUCGUUAUGCCUCGCGGAAAGUCGCAUAUGACGCCUCUAGUGGUUUUGGUCGACAUGAUGCACAACACGGCUACCGUUCCAGGCUCUGGGUCAGUUCCUGUUGUUUUGGCGUACAGCUUCGACAUUGCAAAGUUUGUCGUCAAAGCUCUGGGUCUGGAUCACUGGGAGAAGGAGAUGUAUGUCAUUGGGGAUAGGUUGACUCUGACCGAGGUCGUGGCUUUGGCAGAAAAGAACAAGGGACCCAAGUUCAGCGUUACGCACGACUCGAUGGGGAAUUUGCAAGCCGGGGAAGUCUGUGAACUUCCGGCACACAAGGAUUACUACCCUCAUUUCCCUAAGGACCAACUACAAGGGCUUCUGGCUUUCUUUGGCAUUAUAUGGGAUUCGGGCAAGUGCAAUCUCAAGCCUGAUAACCCACUCAACCAGAGGUUUCCCGAGAUAGAGACAGCUACUGUUGGGUCUUUAUUCCAGUUAGCUUGA